AUGGCAAGUGGAACAGCGCCCGAGAUAAUCUCCGAUGACUCUAGCUUCUAUGGCGAUGACGACGAACAAGCGCGUCUCGAGCAUCUAGCAGCAACCUACGACCCGGAGCAUUACUGGUCAAAGAUCCACCCCAGGCUCCUCUCAACAGUACAAUAUGAGCUACAGGCUCCGUCUCCACACAGCAAACCCGAGCCAAUGUCCCAAGACAAUUCACCAACGCCCACGUUCCGACCCAAGGACCGACGCGGCCCCAAAGAAUCUAUAUCCUCUUUCUUGUCGCGCCUCCCCCCCUCCACAACGCAUAUUACCGAAGUAGGGCCUUGGAUUUGGAUGUGGGGUCCAACAUCCCAUGCUACAGAAGGAGGCGACAUUCCUGCUUUCACGAGAAAAGGCACCGAACUCCUAGAAGCAUAUGAAGAGCAGAGCUCAACCCUCCGCGCUGCACACGAGAAAUCAGGCGCUAAGACUACCGCUGCUCUGACUCGCAAAUUGAAUCCUAUCCGUCGAACUCUGGAACAGAACAUCUUUGAUCUAGCAAAGGAAACAGGCGUUACGUCGGGUAAAUGGAUGUUGUUUCCCUCAAAGAGCCAAGUGGACGCAACCUGGGAGGCAGUCGUUACAGCCAUGGAUGAAGGCAGACUAGGCGAUGCAGCGAAAGUGGCGACGGAUGAUGGCUCGGGACAAGAGCGCUUAAUUUGUGUCUACACGCGCGACUUCUCGGACAAAGAAGAUGUGAAGCGUGUCUUGAAGACGCUCGUGGCGACGGGGUUGGUGGAUAAGGAGUCGAGGCCCAUUUACUACAAGUGCGAUGCUUAUACGUAUCUGGAUAUCAAGUCGAAGAAUGACUAUGGGCUGAAAGCGAGUUUAUUUUCGAGCAAAGAUGUGCUUUCGGGAAAGUUAUGA